UCUACUCUCUCUCUCUCUUCUCUCUCUCCCCCCUCUUUCUCUCUCUACAACUCCCAUUCUACUGGUGGAAAGAAAACUGACUGUAAAUUCCGGCAUUGACUGACUGACCCAGCUCCGACGACUCUCAGUCGUCUCACCGCCGGAUCGGAGAGAGCUGAGCUGCCGCUGCCUCCCCUCAAAUACAUUUGCUAUUUCUGUGGGAGAGUAUUUGGGUGUUUUGGCACCGGUUGUUUCCGGCAAUGGGGAUAAGAAACAGGAAAACCGGCGGCUUUCGAUUUUCGGCCUAACUUAUCUGAUUAGGAGGCAAGGGAGAAUGUUAGUAGAGAUUAAUGUAACAGACAAGUCAAAAGAGACUUGGAUGGUUUGAAUUGUAGGGAAUCAAUCAAGGAUGAAAUUUGGAGGGGGAUUUUUGAUUCCCCAGGAUGACGAUUUACGAGUCACGGAUUCUUGGGUACCGGUGACUCCACAGAAGCCGAUUCCAGUGAAGCCUCAUCCGGUCCCGGUCAACCUUUAUGGGAACCUCCGUCAAGGAGGAAAUUGGCAACAGCAGUUGACUGGAAUUUCAAGGGAGCAUGUACCGGUGGGGGCUAGUUACAAUGGCAUGGCUCAAGCUGUUUGCUCAAAUGAUCAGCUACUUAGAAAUGGUUUUGAUGGAAGUCCGGGGGAGAACAUUCAAAUGAUCAAUCACAUUUCGGACUCCUACGUUGCAGGAUCCUUUACACAGUUGCUCUUUGAUGACAGCUCAAGUUGGAACGAUAAUCCAAUGACACAACAGCUGGUACAUGAUAAUGCUGCGUAUGUUGCCUCUGCAAACAGAAACCCGAGCAGAAGUGUGGACAUAGCAGCAAACACACCUCUAAUUCCUAAGUUGCAUCCUGAAAUGAGCAACCAAGGAAUCGACUCGGGCAGCUUCUUGCUAACCAACCAAAAUUGCAACAAUGGUUCAUAUCCUUGGAGUAAUGUGGGCAUAGCAACGAACACACAUCCAAUUCCUAAGUUGCAUCCUCAAUUAAGAAACCAAGGAAUUGACUCGGACAGUUUCUUGCUAACCAACCAAAAUUGGAACAAUGGCUCAUAUCCUUCAAGUAGUGUGGAUGUAGCAAAAAAGACAAAUCAAAUUCCUAAGUUGCAUCCUCAAUCGAGCAACCAAGGAAUCACCCCGGGCAGUUUCUUGCUAACUGACCAAAAUUGCAGCAAUGGUUCAUAUCCUUCAAGUAAUGUGAUGAGCACAUCAUUGGUUAUGGAUUUUCCUUCUCAAGUUGACAACAGUUGUAGAGAUUCCAACUCAGUUCAUUGGUUAUCUGCGGAUCAAAAUCACUGUUCAAGUUCAAAUUCAAACCCAUUGAGUAAUGGUGACGGCUCAUCCCAGACAUGCCAGUAUGGUUUCCCUUCACCACUCCUGUCAAGCUGUGACCUAAACUCCUUACCAAGAAUAGAAGCUGACGCUUCCCCAUGUGUUGCCAGCCAACACCAGUUCACAACAGACCAGAACAAGAAUUUGGAGAACGACCAGCUUUCUGCAAUACUGGAAUUCUUGAAGGAUGAAGAUUCUGGCAAGGAAAAAGACAAUCAGGUGAAACUAACCAUGUCUAUAGAAGAUGAAGCAAUUCAAAAAUAUAGUGACGAACUCUUGCAGAACAUUGUGGAGUCGUCAUCUGCAGCCAUUUCUACACCGUACAAGGAAAACAAAGAUUCUGACAGGGAAGGUGACAGAGGGAUUGAUCUAAACAUGACACCGCAGCAGAAAGCACCAAAGCGAAGAAAACAUAGGCCCAAGGUAAUCAGAGAAGGCAAGCCCAAGGGGACACCAAAGCCUGCAACUCCAAACAAUACAGAGUCUAAGGAAAGCCAACCAGCGAAGAGGAAGUAUGUAAGAAAGAGUGUUCAAAAGGAAUCCCCAAGUCCACUGGGAGAUGGUGCAAGGGAAACAAUGGACCCUAAUGGUGGAAAAGGUGCAAAAUCAUGCAAAAGAGCUCUGGAUUUUGAUUCGGAAAAUACCAUGGAUGAAAACCAAUGCAAAGCAGGUGGUCAACAAGAGCAGAUGCAACAAGGGAUCAAUAUGAAUUUUGAUUCUCAAGGGAAACCUAUGGUCCCUGGAACUAACCAGGGUUUUAAAGCCAGGCCAUCCGAACAAAGUGUCAUACAGAGCAAAUUGAAGGUCGAAAACCAGAUUCCAGGAACUAUGAAUAACUGCACCUCUUCCAUGAAUCUUAUCUCAGAUAACUUUGUAUUCCUGCCAGAAAGGCGACCAUCAGCAUCCCUACUUGCUACAACAAUAGACAUGCAUCUGAAAAAAUCGCAUGUUAUGGGGAGACAUGUAGAGAAUGGGAGUUCUGAUUUAUCUCAUAGAAGAUACAUAGAUGGAUACACUCCCUUUCAGCAACAUACCCAUGCUAAAGGAGUAGGUCAAGAUGCCAUUCGAGCGAAAACUAGCAGUGAAAGCCUUCAGAUGAAAGAAAAUAUUACCCAGGGUAACUCUCAGUCAGUACAAAAGAUCCUCUCCUUCUCUCUUCCAAGAGAAGUAAGGGGAUCCAAGAGGGAGUAUUGUCGAAUGGUUGAGCAUACACAUCUUUCAACAAAUCAUCCACCUAGUUCACUAUCUUGCCAAGAUAUAAAACAAUUGGAUGGCCAUCAGAGAAUGCUCAGCCAGGAUAUCUCACUACGUCAUAAGCAGCAGAAAUUUGAGAAUGGAUAUUUGAGCAUCUAUAAUAUGCCUUGUGAAGUUACACCGGUUGAGGAGUGUCUGGGAAUAUUUGAAAGAACAAGGCAAAAUACAGUCAACUCAAAUGGAUUCGCAUCAAAGAACCAUACAAUGUUAAGUUCUUCCAUUGAAAGUAAUGAAAGGAUGGACAGACAGAACAAGGGCAUAGGCAGGUUUAUGAGUGACGGUUACACUCACUCAGUCGCUUCUGGGAAUAGUUUUCUAAAUCCGCAGAUCUCAUCCGCACAUUCAUGCCAAGAUUUCGCUCAAGUUCUUAGCUUUUCCACCCAUUCCACAAUUGAAGCCUGUAACCAACUAGGUUCAUCAUAUCCCAGAAAAUCCUUUCAACCGGGAAACAAGGAAGUAUCUCAACCUCGCCACGAUAAUAUGUUUAACAUGAAGCAGACUGUGGGACCCACACAGGCAGGUAUAGAUAAUGUCCCGCAAGAGAAGGAUGCCUUAUAUGAUUAUCAGCAACCUUCUGCAAAAGCAAUCGGGUUUCCAGUGAGAAGAUAUACUACAUUACCAGAUGACAUUGUACAUAAAUUUAAUAAUCUAAACCUGAAUGGAAGAUGCAGCAAAAUUUUAGAGCAUGAGCAAAAUGCACUUGUCCCAUACAAAGGAGAUGGUGCAGUAGUUCCCUAUGAAAGAUUUAUCAAGAAACGUAAGCCACGGCCCAAAGUAGAGCUUGACCCGGAAACAAAUAGGAUAUGGAAUCUCUUGAUGGGAAUGGAAGGGAGUGGAGGCAUUGAAGGAAAUGAUAAGGAAAAGGAGAAGUAUUGGGAAGAGGAAAGAAAGGUUUUCCAAGGCCGAGUUGAAUCAUUCAUUGCACGCAUGCAUCUUGUUCAAGGAGACAGACGUUUUUCAAAAUGGAAAGGAUCAGUUGUUGACUCAGUGAUUGGAGUUUUCCUUACUCAGAAUGUUUCAGACCAUCUAUCAAGCUCUGCCUUUAUGUCUUUGGCUGCACGAUUUCCACUUAAGUCAAGCAAUCACCAAGCUCAACCCAAGGUUAGGACAAACAUAUUGGUUAAAGAACCAGCAGUUCACAUGACAAGUCCAGAUGAUGCCACCAAAUGGCGUGAAGACAGGUCAAGUCAACCAAUCUAUCACCCGAUUUCUAUGACACUCCAUGAAUCUGAAGAAAACCAGAAAGACAGAGAGACCUCAGGGACAGAAAGGAACUUAGUGGAUGCACAAAGUCAAUGUUUGGAGGAAGAAUUUGUAUCUUCUCAAGAUUCUUUUGAAUCCUCAGUCACUCAAGGUGCUUUAGGAAUCAAAUCGUGCUCGGGCUCCAACUCAGAAACAGAAGAUCCUAUCACUGGGUGCCAACCCAAGAAGGUUCAUGUCUCCAUUUCAACAUGUCAACAGAUGGAGAAGGGGACCAAGUUUCAGGACUUUUACAAUCAAGUAAAUGGAAUUUCACUGUCAUAUGAUGGAUCCAAGAACGGGCAUUUUAAAUAUGCACAGCUAAAGAGACAAUCAGACAGAAUCGAUCAUCUCAAUGGCACUUCCUUCAAGGAUCCAAUCAAUCUUGACGACGAAAAAAUGCAAGUACCAGUUGCUCUUUCCAGCAACAAUCAGUUUCACAUGAACCCAGAUUCUGGAAAACCAGAGCUGUGGAAAUUUGGAAAUUUUAGUGAGGAAAGCAUAUCCUCUUGGCCUACAACUGCUUCCAGGUUCAAUAUUGAACAGGAAGAAAAUUGCAAGAGCUUAAGAACUGAGGAACUGUCAGGCAGUGUCGUUAAUUCCUCCAUGCAACAGAAUACUUUGUGGAGUUCUCAAGGGACACCAACAAAGGACCCGUAUCCGUCUUUCAGAGAGCACUCGACAGACCAGCAAAGUAAUUCUCAACCAAGGUCAAGCACAGGAUAUAACCAACCUUCCCUCUACAGUCACCAAUGCGAGGGGAACCCAACCUUCCAAUCAGAACAUAAAUCAGUCACAGAGCCUGUAAAACAUACCGAACCAUUUCUGCCAAACAAGAGUGAUAGCAUGCAGCAUGUCCAAAAUGUCAGUGAGCUCAAUAAAAAAUCUUUCAAUGUCAUUGAUAGUAUCUCUGUAGCAAAUAAGUAUAUACACAUUGAAAAUCAUUUGGUUGAUUCCAAUUUACAGGAGAAAUUAAAUUCUUAUGGUCAGUCAAAUAGUGGGACAAGCACAAAACCUCCAAAAGGAAGAAAAGGAAAGGCUGAGAGCGAGAAAAAGAAUGCAGUUGACUGGGACAUUUUGAGAAAGCAGGCGCAAGCCAAUGGUAGGAAAACAGAAAGAAAAAGAGAAGCAAUGGACUCGCUGGACUAUGAAGCACUCAUAAAUGCUAAUCUCAAAGAAAUAUCUGACGCAAUCAAGGAGCGAGGGAUGAAUAACUUGCUAGCACAACGAAUGCAGGAAUUCCUAAAGCGACUGGUUAGAGAACAUGAAAGCAUCGAUCUGGAAUGGUUAAGAGAUGUUCCCCCUGAUAAAGCAAAGGAUUAUCUAUUAAGCAUACGAGGAUUGGGCUUGAAAAGUGUGGAGUGCAUCCGGCUUUUAACACUUCACCACCUUGCUUUCCCGGUUGACACAAAUGUUGGAAGGAUAGCAGUAAGACUGGGAUGGGUGCCCCUCCAACCAUUACCUGAAUCACUGCAGUUACACCUCUUAGAACUGUACCCAAUGCUGGAGACAGUUCAAAAGUAUCUAUGGCCAAGAUUAUGCAAACUUGAUCAACUAACCCUUUAUGAGCUGCAUUACCAGAUGAUUACAUUUGGAAAGGUUUUUUGCACAAAGAGUAAACCAAAUUGCAAUGCAUGUCCAAUGAGAGGAGAAUGUCGACACUUCGCAAGUGCUUUCGCAAGCGCAAGACUUGCCCUGCCAGGGCCAGAAGAGAGGAGCAUUGUCAGUUCAAGUGUUUCCAGGGAAGCCGAGAUAAAUCCUGAAAUAGCUGUCACUCCUAUGUCACUGCCUCCGCCUGAGAACAACUCACUCCAGAUAGCAGGUACUGUAACUAAAGAGUGUGAACCAAUCAUCGAAGAGCCAGCAACGCCAGAACAAGAGUUGACCGAGGUAUCAGAAAGUGAAAUUGAGGACUUCUUCUGUGAGGACCCUGAUGAGAUUCCUACGAUCAAACUCAACAUGGAAGAGUUCACAGCUACAUUACAAAACUAUAUGCAAGAGAAGAUGGAGCUCCAAGAAGGUGACAUGUCCAAGGCCUUAGUUGCCUUGAAUCCAGAAGCUACUUCUAUCCCUACACCCAAGCUGAAGAAUGUCAGUAGACUACGAACAGAGCACCAAGUGUAUGAGCUACCUGAUUCACAUCCACUCUUGGAAGGGAUGGAUAGACGGGAACCAGAUGAUCCAAGUCCAUACCUUCUAGCUAUAUGGACACCAGGUGAAACUGCAAAUUCAAUUCAACAACCAGAAAGCAGGUGCGGCUCCCAAGAUCAAAACAGAUUGUGCAAUGAGAAGACAUGCUUUUCAUGCAAUAGUAUAAGAGAAGAAAACUCGCAAAUAGUCAGAGGGACGAUUUUGAUACCUUGUAGAACAGCAAUGAGAGGGAGCUUUCCCCUCAAUGGAACCUACUUUCAAGUUAAUGAGAUGUUCGCAGAUCAUGAAUCUAGUCAUAACCCAAUUGAUGUUCCAAGGGGGUGGAUAUGGAAUUUGCCAAGACGGACUGUAUACUUUGGAACUUCGGUAUCAACAAUAUUCAAAGGUCUAUCAACAGAGGGAAUUCAAUACUGCUUUUGGAGAGGAUAUGUUUGUGUGAGGGGAUUCGAAAGGAAAACAAGAGCACCACGGCCCUUAAUGGCCAGAUUGCACUUCCCUGCGAGUAAGAUGACUAAGACAAUAAAUGAAGGGAAGAAAUAAAACUGACCAUGGCAAUGGCACAGAGAAGAUUUUUCAUCAGAUUUGCAGAAGACUACUGACUGUAUGAGAAGAACAACUACUAACAAAUUCUAGCACAUUCAAUUAUUCUUCCUCUAGCAUGAGAUGCACACAUUAUAUGACAGGCGGGCAGCAGAAAGCCAGCAUCAUUCAGAAAAUGUGAGAUCUCGCGAUGAGUUGAUUGUAUUCUGUACAGAUUAGUUGUUCAAUAAAUUCCCAGAAAGGAGUAAUCCUUUCAAUAAAUUCCCAGAAUAUCCGAAAACAUUAUAACGGUUUAUACAAAGAAACUGGAAUGAAAGACUUUAUAUACA